UUGUGGACGAGGUGGGGCGGGGACUUGGCCGGGGUGGGCGGCCCGCCUCCACAGCACUUUCGGUCGGCGUGACGUGGGGCUGCGCCUCCUUCACACCCCCUCUGCCCCCGAGUCGCCUGGCUUCGUUCCGGCGCCUGGGGCGUCGAAGUCAUCUCACUAGUCCCGGUUCUUGCCCCAAGGGACGACCGUCGCCACGGUGGCGGCCACUGCAUCUCGUCCCACCUCCGCGGCCCUGGGCGCCGUGGUGUCGGCGGGCCCCGAGCCUAUGACCGGCCAGGGCCAGGCGGCGUCUGGGUCGUCGGCGUGGAGUACUGUGUUCCGCCACGUCCGGUAUGAGAACCUGGUGGCGGGCGUGAGCGGCGGGGUCUUGUCUAACCUCGCGCUGCACCCGCUGGACCUCGUGAAGAUCCGCUUCGCCGUGAGUGAUGGAUUGGAGCUGAGACCAAAAUAUAAAGGAAUUUUACAUUGCUUGACUACCAUUUGGAAACUUGAUGGACUACGGGGACUUUAUCAAGGAGUAACCCCAAAUGUGUGGGGUGCGGGUUUAUCCUGGGGACUCUACUUUUUUUUUUACAAUGCCAUCAAAUCAUAUAAGACAGAAGGAAGAGCAGAACGGUUAGAGGCAACAGAAUACCUCAUCUCAGCUGCUGAAGCUGGAGCCAUGACCCUCUGCAUUACAAACCCAUUAUGGGUAACAAAAACUCGCCUUAUGUUGCAGUAUAACGGUAUUGUGAGCACCCCACAGCGACAGUACAAAGGAAUGUUUGAUACACUUGUGAAAAUAUACAAGUAUGAAGGUGUGCGUGGAUUGUAUAAGGGUUUUAUUCCUGGACUGUUCGGAACAUCACAUGGUGCCCUUCAGUUUAUGGCGUAUGAAUUGCUGAAGCUGAAGUACAAUCAGCAUAUCAAUAGAUUACCAGAAGCCCAGUUGAGCACAGUAGAAUAUAUAUCUGUUGCAGCAUUGUCCAAAAUAUUUGCUGUAGCAGCAACAUACCCAUACCAAGUUGUGAGAGCUCGUCUUCAGGAUCAACACAUGGUUUACAGUGGUGUGAUGGAUGUAAUCACAAAGACAUGGAGGAAAGAAGGCAUCGGUGGAUUUUACAAAGGAAUCGCUCCCAAUUUGAUUAGAGUGACUCCAGCCUGCUGUAUUACCUUUGUGGUAUAUGAAAAUGUCUCACAUUUUUUACUUGACCUUAGAGAAAAGAGAAAGUAAGCUAAAAGAAGACAGUUCCAGUAUAUCUGCCCAAGGCAGCAACAAGUUCCUUUGUGUUUAAGGCGUAAAAGAAUGCUGCGUAGCAACAUGACUCAUAAUCAAAAUUUGGCUGUCAUCAUUAGAAGUCAGAGAGCUGCUAAGUCUUCACAAUGUUUUUCUGCUUUUUGCCUUCCCCAUAUAUAUGGAAUUUGGCUACCUCUGCCUGAAAUGGCUGCCAUCAACACAAUAUUAAAACACACCAAGUGUAGAGCUUCAUAGAUUUCCACGUUUCAUUGCUGAGUAGAAGCUAAUUUGCAGCAAUUGCUAAAUGGGAUGACUAUGCUUCUUUUUCUGAACAUAUUUGCCCGAGUUGGCUUUAAAAUGAACCUUUGUGCAAUAGCAAGAAAAUGGCUUCUUACAAGAGUGUCAUUGUAUGUUUCAAGGGUAAAUUAAACUUUAAGAAUUUACCGGAUAAAGUGUUGCCAAAUCCCCACCGUUUUAGAAUCAGGAAAUUUGUAGUGCGAAAAAUCCACUAUAAAUGUGCUCAGUUUUAAUUUAAUUAGAAUGCACAGACUAGAAAAAUUUGAGACAUUAUAUACUUCUGAGAAAUAUCUGACAUCUGUUAUCAUUCCAUUGCUAAUUUUUUCCCCCAGAGACUUCCAUAAUUUAAAAUGUAAUCCUGGAUCCAAUUCUUGUUUUUUGCAUAGGUAUUUUAUGUAUUUUAAAUUUAUAAAAUCUGAACUUGGAGGAUCUAGCUGUGUCAGCCUUUAGCAUAUAUGACUUUAAAUCCAUUUAUUGGAGAUGCUGAAUAGAUCACCUUUUACAGAUGCUGGAAUACUUGGGAUGUUUUGUUGACAAACUGAAUGAGAAACUUUAACUGUCUCCGUUAGUUUUCAGAUAUAUGGGUCUGGAUCCCAGAUAGGCAGUUAAUCUACAUUGGUUGCUCAAAUUCAGGUUAAAAUACAAAUUGCAUAAUUGGCCAUUAUUGAUUUUACUUUUGUGAGUCAUUGUAGAUAUCUACAAAUAUACAGGUCUGCCCCAAAAGGAUGCCAGAAUAAUACUAGUAUUUUUAUUUAUCAUAAACACUUAUGAGUGCUGUUGCACUACCAUCUGUUUGUUGUAAAUAAAACAUUGUGGUUUUCAAAGUCAUCUUUAAAUGGUUCUUUGAAAAUAGGUCUAUUUUUUAUAUUUUGGCAAUGGCAUUGUUUUUAAAAUAAAGAUGAAAUGAUAAGUACCUAAAUGUAUUUCCUAUAAUAUCUUGUAAUAUGCAUAGGAGUGAUUUAUAAAUUAAAUGUGAUUUUUUCAUA